AUGAAGACAAACACACUUGCUACAGCGGUAACACUAGGCGCGAGUACCUCGCCAGUAUGGGGUCAAUCUCUUACGGUCGAGAUGAUUGACAAAAUGGCCAAUAACACACUCUUCACGAGAUGGAGGCCGACUUCGCAUUUCCUUGCCCCUGCAGGAUGGAUGAAUGACCCUUGUGGACCGAUGUAUGACCCGGUUCAGAAUCUCUAUCACUUGCAUUACCAAUUCCACCCCAACCAUGUAAACUGGGGUAAUAUCUCCUGGGGACACGCAACAUCCCCCGAUCUCAUUACCUGGACGGAUGUUGGCCAUCUCCCCAACGAUGGAGUCCCUGCCUGGAAGGACGACCAAGCACAAUCAAUCGGCACAACCAAUAUCACCAGCAAGCACAACCCAUCUCUAUACAACCACCUGGGUAUCUUCUCAGGAACCAGUCACUCUGUCAACCUUACUGGCGGCGUCGACGGCACUAUUCUGACCUUCUACACGGCUGUGUCACGUCUCCCUACAUCAUGGAGUCAGCCAUACCUCACUGGUACCGAAAGCCAAGGUCUUGCCUACUCUACCGAUGGCGGAAUUACCUGGGAGCAAUACGAGAACAACCCUAUCUUAUCCGAUCCUCCCGCCGACUGGAACAUUACGGGCUGGCGUGAUCCCUUCUUCGAGCCAUGGCCACAAAUGGACGCCUUCCUCAACCUGUCCGAGCCUCACUGGUAUGCUGUCUUCGGCUCCGGUAUCAAGGAGGUUGGUCCUCGGAUGCCUCUAUACCGUGCCCCGGCUUCGGACCUUACCAACUGGACUUUCUUGGGAGCGCUCUGGGAGCCGGAGAAGAAUAGUACUCUUGGCUCACUGGAGGAAACUGGUACCUACGGGUUCAAUUUCGAGCUUUCAAACUUCUUCUCGAUUGGUGAUCGGUACUUUGUCAGUAUGGGCGUUGAAGGUGGCAAUGUCAGUUUCCAUCAGCAGAAGUGGUCUCUGUGGAAUGAGGGAACGUUGUCCGUGAGGGCCAAUGGCAGCGUUGCUUUCGAACCUAUUGCUGGCGGUGCAAGUGAUUGGGGUCUGCUGUACGCGUUGACUACUUUCAACGAUACCAAGAACAACCGUCGAAUCCAAUGGGGCUGGGCUGAAGAGGACAUGAACAACUAUGCCAUCACGCAGCAAGGCUAUCAAGGAUCACUCGCGCUGCCUCGGGAGAUCUUCAUCAAAGACACGCCCAACGUGAUCCACGAUCUUACCAACAGCACGUCUCCCGGUAACGCACGCUACUUUGCCAACUCAAACGGCACAUGGACAGCCAGCACCCUCGGUGUCCGUCCAGCACCCGAUGUUGUCAAGGGCCUCCGUCACGGAUCCAACCAUACCCGCUACCCAUGCCACAAGGACAGCAAGAACAUCAACCUACCCUCCAAGCUCUCGAACUCAUACCAGCUAGAUGUGGACAUCAAACAAACCACCGGAAUAGCAGGAGUCACCAUCGCCGCCUCUCCCAACCGCGAAGAAUACACAAACAUCUUCUUCAACCCAUCCAACAACAGCAUCGCCGUUGACCGCAGCCACUCCUCGCUGAUCACCGAGUUCGCCAACUCCACGCACGAAGGCUACUUCAAGCUGUACACACUGCGAGGCAAGAACGGGAAGAACACCACCGAGUCCAUCCAGAUGAGCAUCUUCGUUGACGGCUCCCUGGUCGAGGUAUACGUUAACGAGCGCUUCGCUCUGACGACUCGCAUCUACCCCAGUCGUGAAGAUAGUACCGGGAUCGCGCUGUACUCUGCUCCGGAUGCGAAGGUGGAAUACUCCAAGAUCGAGCUCUGGGAUGGUCUGUUGAAUGUUUGGCCUGGAAGGCCGGAGAAUAGCAGCUCGCUUCUUGUAUGGGAUACCGCGGCUGAGACGGGGGAUUAUGUCUGGUGGACGGGGAACUGA